UCCCAUCUCUCUCCCCCAGAGUUGUGUUUUGUUUGGGUUGUGGAAGUAAACAACAACAAAAAUAAAAUAAAAACGAUCAAAUCAAAUCGGAUAAUACCAAAAUUCCAUUCUGGUUUUUUCUUCUCAGAAAUCUCCAAUUCCUUGUACUUCUACUUCUUCUUCUCCAUCUUGUCUUUGGGGAGUCUAGAAUUAGGGUUUUUGAAAAUUGAGGUAAACAAAAAGAUUUCUAUUGAGGAGGAGUAAGUAAGUCUCCUAUGGAACAGCUUGUUAACUUCAUCAUUCGACCUCCAAGAGCGGAGUAUGACCCGAAAAAUGAUUUGUUGGAAGAUGAGUUUAUGCUAAAAGGACAGUGGUUCCAAAGAAAAGACUUGGAGGUCACAAAUAGCCGGGGAGAUGUACUUCAAUGUAGUCAUUACAUGCCACUUGUUAUUCCUGACGGAAUAGCACUUCCAUGUGUAAUAUACUGUCACGGAAACAGUGGUUGCAGAGCUGAUGCCAGCGAAGCCGCGAUUAUUUUGCUGCCCUCAUACAUUACAGUCUUCACCCUUGACUUUUCAGGAUCUGGACUCUCUGGAGGAGAGCAUGUCACUCUGGGUUGGAAUGAAAAGGAUGAUCUGCAAGCGGUGGUCAAUUAUCUUCGCUCAGAUGGCAAUGUGUCUUGUAUUGGUUUGUGGGGUCGUUCUAUGGGUGCUGUGACCAGCUUAAUGUAUGGUGCUGAAGAUCCUUCAAUCGCAGGAAUGGUUCUUGACAGCCCGUUUUCUGAUUUGGUAGACUUGAUGAUGGAGCUUGUGGACACUUACAAAUUUCGUUUACCCAAGUUCACUGUGAAGUUUGCUAUCCAAUACAUGCGGAAGGUUAUCCAGAAAAAGGCGAAAUUUGACAUAACAGAUUUGAAUACCAUUAAGGUGGCAAAGUCAUGUUUUGUUCCAGUUUUAUUUGGGCAUGCCGUUGAUGAUGAUUUUAUCAACCCUCACCAUACGGAUCGUAUUUAUGAAGCUUAUGUGGGAGACAAGAAUAUUAUCAAAUUUGAGGGAGAUCACAACUCUCCACGCCCUCAGUUCUACUUUGAUUCGAUAACCAUUUUCUUUCAUAAUGUUUUAAACCCUCCUACAGAGGCAUUUGAGAAAAGCUAUUUUGACACUAUGCACGAUUACUUUGGGAAGGCUAGUUGGGAUUCCGCGCGUAAAUUAGGUCAAACAAGCCACGCUCAGAUGAAAACAUCUGAAGGAAUGGGCUCAAGUAGCACUGAAGAGGCUAUAAAUGAACUUCGGUCCAAAAGACAAAUGAGUCGGACGGAGGUCCCUUCUGAUAGCCCCUCUGGAGAAAACCAAUCUGCAAGUGAGUUAGGUGGAGAGAAGGAUCUGGUCUCUUCAUCUGCUGGACUGAUCAGCUUCGACCUCUCUAAUGGUCAUCUUCAUGAGCCAACGGCUCCAAACACGACAGACGAUGAUGAGUACAUUGAGUACCCACUCGAUAAUUUAUCAGAUUUUCCAUGCAACAUGGAAGAAGAAGAGAGGAUGCUCAUGGAAGCAGUGCUACAGUCAUUGAAAGACUUGGAUACCAAACACACAAAUGAAGCACAAUCACCUAGUGUAGACACCAAAUCCCCUGAAUCCUCUUCUUCACAGAAAGACAACUCAAAAUCUCAAGAAGAAAAUAAUCGAUCCUCAGGAACAGACUGCACUACUUCCACGUCAGAAAACACAAACGAUAUAGCUUCAUCAAAUAAGAAAAUCGUAUCAGCAGCUAUGGAACAACAACAGCACACAGGCACCACAGGUCCAUCAACCACCGAGUCGAAAUCUUCUGCAGCACUUUCCAAAUUAAGAAAUGCUGUUAAAAGUUCUACUCUUAGUAAUGCUCCAAAUACAUCUGGCAGCAGAAGUCCAGCUCCACCAACCCAAGAUGAAGACAUGUCAGGUGGAACUCGAGCCACUAUAACAGUGCAGAAGAAUCCAAGUAGUCACGUAAUGGAUGGUUUGAUGCAUCGUUGGGGUCUUAAUUUCUUUAAGAACAGUUAAUAUUGUGAUUAAAACCUUGAAGAAAGAAAAGCAAAAAGAAGCAAAUUUGUGAAGAUGUGAGUACAAAGCUUUGAUUUUUGUUUGUUGGGGGUGGGAAAGGAAAGAAAAUAGCAAAAGGGGAUUUGUAAUAUUCUUGUGAAGAAAAAUGUGUUUAUGUUAGGAGUUGUGAUUGAAUGACCGACUGAUGUAUUUGCUUUAGCAGCAUUAACACAAACAAUUGACCAAAUUCUUAAAAUCAUUUUUUUGUGAAAA